UGCCGUCAAACUCAACACAGCCGUGCCGACGAACAGACCGCACAAAGCGUAAUGCAAAAGAAUUGAAAAAAUCAUCAAGUAUAGAGGCCAAAAAGCGAACGUAGCAAGUCGCCGUAUAAUUAAACAAUUGUCGUUCAAUGCUGAGCAAAUAAAUGCGGCGAUUACAGCGCAGCAAAGAAGGCGAGCGGCAAAUUGCGAACUGCGGUAAGGUUCAAAGAAAAAAAACCGAGUAAUGUUGAAAAGAAGUCAAACGAAAUACGGAUGAAGCGACACUACACACACACACACACGGACGCACGCAUACACUCACACACACUCGGGCACGCAGAGGCGAAUGCCGUGUGUGCUUUAAGUGAAAAAUUAAAGGCGUUCCGAAUGCUAAUUGCAUUAAGGAGAGAUCAAAAAGGAAGCUGUCUAAAGGAUUGCCUUGAAUGUUUGUACUUUUAGGAGGCAGCAAAAUAAGCCGAUAAAACGGCGACCGCAAUUUAGGCACACACACUCACACAUACGCCACACAAACACCGAGUCAGGGGCCACACAGACAAACAGCACACAAACACACAUGCCACUGAGAGCCUCCCAUACAAGCAGACCACAACACACACACACACACAUACAAGCGAGCGUGCCUUGGCAGGUUAGAAGAAGAAGAGGAAGCGGCGGAGGCGGACGGUGGAGCAAAAAGGAGGCGCCAAAGGCCCCGGAAUAUUGGAUCAAAUCGGAAUAAGGCUGCAUUAUCUUCGCCACGAGAAGAGGAAGCAGCAGUAGCAGCAGCAGCAGCUCUUCGACGAAGGAGAAGAGGAAGCAGACGCAGCAGAAGCGGAAGAAGAAGAAGAAGCAGGAGAAAGAGGGAAAUCCAACAGAAGCAGCAGCAGCGUAUUUGGCGAAAAACUUGCAUUGAUGGUAAUGCAUGCUAGAAAACCGCAGCGUAUGAACGAUGGGUACUUUGAGAAGCAUACCAGCCACACAUCAUACCAGCCUGAACUGAUCUUAACUUGAGAAACGAAUCUAUACGCAACACAGCUAAAAAAAAACAGAUCCAAAACAAAUCCAAUUCAAAUUCGAUUAAUCAACAAAAUAUCCUAUUUAGAAAGAAAUUAUUCAAAUACAAUAUCUAACCGAACAGCACAAACAAAUGCUUUAAAUCGAAUGAUAUAUGAAUGAUAUAUAAAUAUACAAAUUUGUCAAACUAUUUUAAAUAGAAAUCGAAUUCAUAACCAAUUUCUAAACUCUGCCUAAGAAAUAGAAACCUAAUCAAAGUCAAAUAGCCUUAAAAACGACGUAGUAAACAAUUAUACAUCAGUAUUAAAAAAAAAAACAACAUGAAUGUGCGACUUAAGGAGAAAAGAAUUUUCAAAUUAUUUAACGAAAUUAUCAACGAACGAUAACAACAAAAACACAAAUGUGCCUCAUACAUAAAGCAACAACAAUCAAUUAAGUCAACAACAAAUAACCAAUGCAAAACAAAUAGGAAACAAACCAAAGCCAAAGCCAAAUAACAUUGUGCCCUCGAAAACAAGCGACCAAUUGGACUUUUAAUUCAAAUACAAACCUAAUACGAAUAAGUUAAUUAUCUAUGAGGAGCAACAAAAACUCCUUCGGCAGCAGCAACCACAGCACCAACACCAACAACAUGGCUGUUGAUCUCUCCCUUUCAACAACAACAAUUGCCAAUUGCAACAGCAACAUUAGCAACCAUAAUAACAAUAACAAUAUCGCGAGCAGCAAAAGCAGCGCAGCAGCAGCGACGCUGGCAGCGAAUUCAACGCCUUCAGCAGUGGGUCUCUGUCGCCUAGAAAGCUCAAAGUACAGCAGUUCAAAGCGCGACUACGAACGCGAUCGUUCCUCCAAUUAUCGCGAUCGUGACCUGUCGCCAGGCGCUGGCGGUGGAGGAGGCGGCGGAUCCGCUGGAGGAGGUGGCGGCGGCGGCGGCAGCAGCAGCGGCAAUGGCGGCGGACCAUUGAACAAUGGCAACAGCUACCGCUCCCAGUCGCCGGACAUUGAUUCGCCAUCGUCCCGUUCGCACGAUCUGCGCGAUCGCAGCGAUCAUCGGGGCGGAGGUGGCGGCAAUGGGCGUGGCGGCAGCGGCGAGCGGUACAGCUUUAUGCAGAAGAUGCGGGAUCGAGAUCGGGAGGUCUACAAGAAGGAUAAAUAUUCAGAUAAACGUGAUCGGCGUGGCAACGAUCGCGACUCGGAGUCGUCGUAUCGCACCAACCAUGAUAGGGAUCGUCGUGGCGGCGGAGGCAGCAACGCCAGCGGCAAGCUCUGCUCCUCGCGGGAGAACGACAAACGAUCCGGGUCCGACGAUCGCGAUCGGGAGCGGGACCGAGAUCUGCGCGACUUGCGCGACAAGCGGGAUCGCGGUUCCGAUCGCGACAGGGACAUGUACAAGAAGGACAAGUACGCAGACAAACGAGAUCGCAGCGAUCGGGGUGAGCGGACGGCGCGUUAUGGCGACUGGAGCGAGCAUGUCAGCUCAUCAGGCAAAAUGUAUUACUACAACUGCAAGACGGAAAUCUCUCAAUGGGAGAAACCAAAGGAAUGGGUGGACAGAGAAAGAAAUUUGCCGCGCGAUCAGCAUCGUGAGAAGGAUUACCGCGACAAGGAUCGCGAUCGCGACCGCGAUGAUCGUUUCUCCAGAUCAACAUACAAACAUUCCAAUUCUUCGCGCGACAAUUCACGACUGAGAUGGAAUUACGACAACGAUGGCGGUCCGCCCAGUCAUCGAAGGCGUUUGGAUGGUCGACACAACGACAAUGCUGACAUGGACAUAAGCGGCGACUCCACGCCUACCUCGGAGGCCAGUUACUCGCUAAGCGGCACGCCCACAACACACGGAGGCGGUCCUGGCGGAGGCGGAGGCAGUGGCGGCGGUGCCGGUAGCAACAGCGAUCAGCCAAUGGGCAAUGCCCUGCCCCGUUUGGCCUCCCACCCGACUGCCAACUCCUCCGCAUCCGUGGCGACGGGCACAGGCUCGGCGGGGGGACUGCACUACGGCAGCGGAGCGGGCGGUGGCCCAGUAACGGGCGCCACAAUGCUGCCCACAAUGUCGGGCAUGCUGAAUAGCAACAGCAGCAACAGUGCCGGCGGCAGCAGCAGCAAUGCCAGCAGCAGCAGCCUGAGGAACUCCGUUGUCGGACACAUUGGUUCCACCUCUGGCACAACUGUGCCCACACUGGGGAGUCAGGAUCCGCACCAGCACCAUUUGAACUCGAAUGCUCCACUGCCACCGGGUGCCAAGGGCAAGGAUCAGGCGCUACUAAUGCGCCAAAAGAUGCACCUGGGCCUGGGCCUCGAUGUACAAUCACAUCACGGCGUUAACUCGGUUGGUUCUGCGGCAGAUGGGUCCAAUCACGCCUACAAUUCGGUCAAUAACUCGGUCUCCGGCAGCUUGCGAGACUCGCCGUUGUAUGUGCACCACAGCAUGUCGCCCUCGUUGAGCUUCACCAAGAGUCCCAUACCGACGAUUGUGGGCCACACGAACAAUGUGAACAUCGCCUACACCUGCAAUCCACCCUUUGGCCUCAAAACGACCCUCGAUGGCGGAGUGAUGGUCCCGAAUGCCUCACCGGCCACGCCCGGCGGCAACGCCUCCUCCGGCUCCAGUGGAGCGAAUAGUAGCCAAAGCAUCGUGCCCGGCCUGGGCGCCGUCAGCGGAAUCAGUGUGAUCACCUCGAUGGGCAGCAACAGUGGCGCGGGAGGCGAAGGACCGCCUACGCCCACACAGGAGCUGGACUUGAGUGGCUCGGCAUUGGAGCAGCAACAGUUGGCCGCCGCAGCGGCAGCCGCGACAGCAGCCAGCCUUCAGGCGGCGCAACAGGCCCAACAGCAGCGGAAAUUGGAUGGCACAUCGUCGGCCACACUGAGCUCGCUGCAGAGCUGCGUGAGUUCCUCAGGACAGGCGGCAAACCUGCGCGGUCCCGAGAUUUCACCCAAGCUGGCCAAAUACUUCCGCGCCGAUCUGAUUGCGCAUGUGACCAAUUGGCAGGCGGAGGUGCUGGAGCGUCAGGCGCAGAAGUGCUGUGAGGAUACACACCUGUUCGGCGACAUCACCUGCACGAGGAUAUGCGCGGAGUUGAAGUGUGCCCGCAGCCUGGUGCGAAGCACCGAAAUCAAUGCCACCCUGCAGGAACAAAAAAUUAUGUAUUUACGUCACCAGAUCCGCCGUAUUGAGGAGUCGAAGACUCAGAACGCGUUUAUGUCAGACGAUACUUAGGAUCAGGAGCAGGUUAGGCUGCGCGUACAUCGCAAGCUGUCUGUUAGGCUCAAAAAGAGCUUCUUCUGGCGCAGCUGAUGAUGAUUGCGAUGAUGAUUGGUCCAUUGUGGCCGCCGUCAGCAGCUAGCCUUUGUCCUCGUUUCGCAGGCCCGGAUUAGCCCCUAUAUAUUGAGGGUAUCCGAAAAUGGAUUAGAUGAUGACGACGACUGGCGGGGGCCCCACGACAAUGACUGAGAAACCGCGUGCAUCCUGCUCCAUCCUCCUACUUCUCUCCUCUGGGCGACGCAUCUCUCCCCACCACCACAACCAGCCCGCGAUUCACUUGUGUUCGGAUCGAGUUCCAGUUCCCAACCAACUAUAUAGUGGCAGUAUGUAAAUGGUUGAGCGGACUGCAUGGACUUGGCACAGGACAAAUCAGGAUAAAUCAACCAACAGCUGCAACAAGAACUUUAACAAGAAACACAAAAAAACUAAAACAUAAUUUAUAAUUAGCAAAGCGUAAAUUAAAAACAAAAAUAAACUUAAAUAAGCAUAAAGCAAGACGGAGGAAAAGCCAGAAAAAUAGCCACAAAUAAAACACCCCACUCAAGAUAACUACAGAAGAAGAUAACUACAGCCGACAAGAACCGACUUAUCAAGAUCAAGAAGCAAUAUGGAUAAAGCCACGUAUCUAAUCGAAUCGAAUCGAAACGGAUCGAAUCGAAUCGAAAGAAACAAAACAAAAGAUAUACAAACGAAAUAGGAUCAACAACACCAGCAAAGCAACAACACCAACAAAAAACAAGUCAACAUAGUAUACUCAACUGCAAUAAAAAGCUAAUUAAACUAUAUACAAAUUAUAUAUAAAUAAAUAUAUAUAAAUAGAGUAUAUGAAAGAUUGUAUAUUUACAACCACCCAACAUAAAUACGGAGGAGAAAUCAUGAUGAUAAAAUGAUUACGAUGACAACCAAAAUGCGAGUCAAGUCGAGACGAAUGCACGCUUCUCGGGACGAGGAAAUCGACAAUUUUAUAUAUAUAUUUAUUUGUAUAUAUAGGUUGGUAACCCAACGACCCGCACGCCGUUUUUCUAUUUAUUUUUACCGUGCGAUCGAAAUGUUUGUUUAAUCUGCUGAUCAACGGCUUGGUAUCCUGCUAAUUGGUGCAAUUUGUAUAUCUUGUUUUGUAGUUAUUUAUCGAUAAAAUCCAUCGCCCGGCCACACCUAAAACUGCUAUUAAUUUUGUUUAAUUUAAAAUGUAUAAGCAUAAAAAUUUAUAUUUAAUAACACACCAUAUUCUUUAACCUCCGA